ACUAUCAGUGAAAAAUGUGUUGCCUAUGUCUUUACAAGUCAGGCAAUUCAUUAUAAUCAUAUUAUUUGUUAUUUUGUUCGUCUACCUUCUCGAAUUGUAUCUAUGGUUGAAUUAUUUCCAAUGUUUCAUUUAUACUUUAAUUAGAUACCCUGUGUAUAUGUACUUAAUCGUGUUGUUACUCGCGUAACCAUAGUAACGAUUCAAAAACACGUAAUGAUCAAGCUCAACAACUUUAAACCUAACGUGAAUUAUGUUUUAUUUUAAAAACUCAGUGUGCAAAAAAGAAUCAUGUCGGUACCGGUAUUUUCUUUUCAAAUCAAGUACGAUAUUUUGCCUGGUCUGGUAACUGUUGGUAAAUACGAUGGAUCUCAUUCAUGCCUUACGGCAGCGACAACUGGAGUAAAAGUAUUAAUACACAGUCCUCAUAAGUACAACAAUCCUGUAUCCUUCUUGAACGUCAAUGAAAGCGUUACCGCGAUAUGUGCGGGACGCCUGAACCCAGAUGAAGAUAAAGAUAUCCUAGUGAUCGGUAGUGCCUCCAGUAUCCUCGCUUAUCAUGUUGAUAACAACAGCGAAUUGUUUUACAAAGAGGUACCUGAUGGAGUAACAGCAAUCACGAUCGGCUGGUUAGAAAGCUUUCCAACGCCAGUGCUGAUCAUCGGAGGGAAUUGUUCGAUUCAAGGAUUCGAUUGGCAGGGACAUGAUGUUUAUUGGACCGUUACAGGAGACAAUGUGAGAUCAUUGGCUUUGGUCGAUAUUAACCAAGAUAGUUUGAACGAGUUGAUUGUAGGUUCGGAUGAUUAUGAAAUACGUGUCUUCAAAGAAGAAAACAUCGUUCACGAGAUGACUGAAACCGAAUCUAUCGUCGCUCUAGUUGGAUAUAAAGAGAAUAAAUUUGCUUACGCUUUGUCCAAUGGCACCGUUGGAAUGUAUGAGAAAAUAUACAGACUUUGGAGAGUGAAGUCCAAAAAUACAGUCCAAUGUUUGGGAAGUUACGAUCUCGAUGGUGACGGAAAUGAUGAACUGAUAACGGGAUGGUCAAACGGGAAAAUCGAUGCUAGAAAUAGUAAAACUGGUGAAAUAAUAUUCAAAGAUGUUUUUGCUCAUGGCGUUGCCGGUAUUGUAUCUGGAGAUUAUAGACGAGCUGGUAGAAAUCAGUUGAUUGUGGUGUCGCAAAGUGGCGAAGUGAAAGGUUACGAUGCUACCAGUCUUCAAAAAGAUUUAAAAAUCCAAACAGAUUUACUGAGAGAAUUAUUUUUGAGGAAACAAGCUCUUCUAGCGGAAUUGAAAAAUUAUAAUACUACUUCUCUUUCGACUCCAGGUAUUCCAGCAAAUACUCGACUUGUUACUGAAAUCAGCGCAUCGUCGGAAAAUGAUAAAUUUCCAAAAAGCCACGUCCUCUUAUCACUCUCAACAAACAACAUGACAGUUUUAAAGGCAGCUACGAUAUUCGCCGAAGGUAUAUUUGAAGGAGAAACUCUAGUCAUUCAUCCUCCGUCUCCUGAUAUAUCAUCGGUGCUUGAUGUAGCAUUGUAUCCUCCAAAAGAUACUCCACUGGAUAUUCAUAUCAGAGCUUUUGUUGGAAACGAUGCGAAUAGCGAACAAUACCACGUAUUCGAGUUAACCAGACAACUUCCAAGAUUUUCCAUGUAUUUACUUGUUCCUUAUUCUGGAAUAGAUGAUCCUACCAGUUAUGUUACUUUUCAAUUAGUUGAACGGAUCCAAAGAUUGGAUAUUUGGCUAAACCAUCAUUUUCUUCUCCCGAGUAUAAUUCCGGUGAAGAUUAUCGGCGAAAACGAAUGGAAAAUAGGUAUAAAGUCAUUACGAGAUGGUUCCGUUAUAAAUAUGAAAUACGUAUCCGGAAUAAUGACCCUGAUUACCGAAAAUAUUGGCCUAGCAGCUGACGUAAUUCAGUCACUGGCUAGUUAUUUGAAUAUCGAUAAAAUGGAGUCUUUCGCGCAAUUUCCAACUGUUUUCGAUGACGUUGAAAAAAUCCUAUCCGAGAUAACCAGUUUGCAGCAAAAUACAUCCAAGAUGUCAGCAAUGGUGGCCGAUAAUGCAGCAUUAAUACGCAGUUUAAUCGUACAAGGCGAAGAUGCGAGGAUUAUUAUGCAUUGGAAAGAUAUGAGGGAAUGUUAUUCGCAACUGUAUAAAGUUAACGAGGAGAUGUUACGUAAUCAUAGAUUAUAUUGCAGUAAUCACGAACAAUUGCUCGGUAUUUUGAGAAAAUUAAAUCUCAUUAUACAACAUGCAUCUAGAUUAAGAGUUAGCAAAAAUAAAAACGAACUCGUAUCACAAUGCCGUCGAGCAGCAGCUGAUCAAAAUUUAAACGUGUUAAUUAAACUGAUAAAAACUGGCCAAAAUUGAAAGGUAAUAAUAAAUGAUCGGGGUGUUUACAUACAAAUAUAAGAGAUAAUACUGCAUAUAUACCACCAACAUCAUAUUGGAACUCGGAAGAUAUUAAUUUAUAAAUAUUUUCAUCUCAUUAUCAUCGUAUCGUGAUUUACAUUCUGACGAAGAACAUUAAAAAUAUAUAUUUUUAAUAAACGUA